CCCCGGGAGUGAUAACCGGUGCCCGGUCAUAAUGGCACCAUUCUUGCAACAGACGUCGAGACGGAAGCACCGCCGUCCCCUGCCUUGACCAGUGCCAGUCUACUGCAUGGCACUCUGAGGAACGGUGCCAUUAGGAUCUUGACCGAGUAGCCUCCGCUCGCCUCUGCUGCCUGCCUGUCGGCUUAGAGCUCUUGAAUAUUUCAGAAGAGCGAUCGAUAUUUUUUGAAAUAGGAGUCUCUUAGCGACUUUUUUUUAUCUGUGAGAAUUUUUGAACUUUUUACUUUCGAAGGGAAAGGACGAGGAGAACUUCCGAGUGAACGUUUCCGAUUAAGAACUGUGAACUUGAUUACUGAUGAACAUUUUGCGACGGUGAGGAAUAGCUGUCGUUGAAUGCACUGUAGAACAACUAUUAUCUUUCUAAGAGGAAGUGAUCACUAACAAGAAGAAAGUACGAACAAAUUCCGUUGAUCAGGACUCAGUCUGCAUCAGGUGAACACAGCUGACAUCAUGAAGAAGUGCUGUUGGUGUUGCAUCAGCCUCCAGAAGGGAGUUGUGGCCAUUGGCGUUCUCAGCGUGAUCGCCUCCACGCUCCUGACGGUGGGCUACGGCGCCGUCUCGGCCACCUUGGAGGAGCACGUCGCGGCCUGCAGGAGCGGAGAGCCAAAGGACCUGCUGGGACUCCUGCCGACGUGCGAGGCCCUCGGGGACGCCGGCACGCUCUUGGCCGCCCGGAUCUUCGUGUACGUGCAGGUGGCUGUGUGGCUGCUCUUCCUCGUUUUCUCUGUGCUGCUCAUCGUCGGCGCGGUGAAGGAGCGGAGCGGCCUGCUGGUGCCGUGGCUGGUGCUGUCCGUGGUGGUGAUGGCGGCCGUGGUGUGGGCGGGCGUGCGGGCGGCCCUGCACCACCACACCCUCGACCUCCUCGCCUCGGUGCUCGCCCUCGCUGUCUGCGCCUACUUCUGCCUCGUCGUCCGCUCGUACUCGAAGCUCGUCAAGAAGCAGGGCCUCGUGCCGGUGCUCGUGCCUUCUACCUUCCACGCCCACCUGCGUCGCCCGUGCGAGUGCUGCUGCGAGGACGAGGUUCUGUCGACGCCCACCGUCGGCUCCCGCGCCCAAUCCCUCAACCGGAGUCGCGUCGGGCCUCAGCAGGGGCGGGACCAACCGCCUGCCUACUCCCCGCGCCCACCAACGCCCACGAAGAAGGGCCCGCCGCCCACGGGGCUCGGAUUCAAAAUUUGAAGGGCGGACGUUGAGGUGUGGGAAUACCUUGCAGAUGUUGUUAUACAGGAUCGACUUUACUUUUUGUGAUUUGAUGAGAAGCUGUUGUCGGUUAUUAUUAUCAUAAUAGUUAUUACCAUUAUUUUGCAAGUACAACGUACACCAAUCUUUCUUCUUUUUAUUGCUAUUUUCUUUCCUUAUGCCAGGAACACAGAUAUUUAGCCAAAGUUAUAUCAUUUCUCUUUUCUUCGUAUAACGAUUAUCCGUUUUUUGUCUGUUCAUCACUGCAAUUUCCUCUGUCUAUUUACGUGUAAAUUACAAAUAUAUAUUUGUAAAAUCAUUAUUUGUUUUUUGAUGAUGUAUAACAGCUUCGGUUUAUUUUCAGUUAUUUAUUAUUACAAUUUAUUUUCCUCUCGAAGUAUAUUUUCUUUUCGAAGUAUACACAUAUUUUUUCUGUCUAUAUUUUUUCUGUUUAUUUUCCUCUUCAAAUAUCACAACGAUCUCGUUCAUCACUAACUUUCCUAAGUUGCAUGGGUCAAAGUUCCUCUGAUUUUAAGCACGUUUUAGCCUUUGCCUGGAUCACACAUUCCUUCUGGAAGUCUAAAGUACAAGAGGGUGUACAGAGAGUCGCAAGCAUACAAACACAUGCAAACAUAUAUUACAGCAAACACACACACACACACACACACACACACACACACACAGGCACGCACACACACACACACACAACAUUCCGUAACUCCUGACAGAAAUCUAGCUUAAUAUAUUAAAACAUAAAAAGUUGAGUGGUCUUUGUUUAAUUUCUUUUUAUUCAGCUAAUGUAUGACAAUGAACACUGAAUUUGAAACAAGCCUAAUGGAGUGUAAGUAAUAAUAUAUAGACGGUUGUGAAGGUCACCGCAGUCCGUUUUCUAUAAUACAAACGGUUUGUUUAACUUCGGUGAGAAAGAAAACGGUUACUGUAUCUAAGUGUAGUUUUUUAUUGCUUUGUAACAUUAUUCGCUUCAAAGGUGAUUAGGUAAUAUUUUUGUUGUUGCUUAGAUGCCUGUAACGCGAUCAUUUUCAUACCAAUACCACUUUUUAUUUUUAUUGUCCUUGUUAUUUUUCAAAUGCUUCCGCCAUUUUCGUAUAGUAACCCUAUAAAUGAAAUGUAUAUAUUGUUAAAUAAACUAACAAAAAUAUCA